AUGUCAACCACGGACUUGAAUCACCUUGGCCACGCCACGGUUGUGGUGACAAUUUUGUUUAUCGUUCUGACUGGCUUGGCCGUUGGUUUACGCCUCUCAGCCAGAAGAGUUAAUCGCGCCCCUUUGGGGUGGGAUGACUGGUUCAUCAUACUGAGCACAGUGCUGUACUUUGGCUUCUGCGCGAAUGGCCUCGUGAGUGUCUACACGUUUGGAGGCGGACAACAAUACGCCGACCCGCAAGAAAGCCAGCGAAAAUAUGUCGCCUACAUGAAGUCAACAUACGCGGUGCCUCCUCUAUAUGCCAUAACAGUCACUCCAAUUAAGCUCUCGAUGUGCUUUCUUUACCGUCGCAUCUUCCCAGUGCACGUCUUCCGUCUGGCCAUCUACACAAUCAUUGCUGUUUGCAUGGCCUGGUUCGUCGCUGUGACUAUCAGCUCUUUUCUGUAUUGCAUCCCCAUCGAGUAUUUCUGGGAUAAGACGGUCGAUGGACACUGCUUCAACUUUUCCGUGUACUUCCUUGUGGCCGAACUCCUGGAUAUGCUCAUUGAUGCUGCGAUCAUCGGAUUGCCAAUACCGACCGUGCUGCGGCUGCAUAUGAGUCUGCGGAAACGACUUGCGCUGGCGAGUAUUUUCCUGCUCAGUACUUUCAUUUUGGUCGUCGGCACCAUCCGAAUCAUCUAUCUUUACAAUCCCAGCGAUGAUAUCCUUCCCCUUGCUCGAGCAGUCCUCUGGUCGACCAUCAACCUCGGGGUGGCCAUCAUCUGCGCCUGCCUCCCGACAUACCCACCCAUACUCGUCAAGUUUGGCAGCGCAUUUACUUCCCUGCGGAGUCGACUCACUUAUGGGAGUAAGGGCUCUCGCAACUCGAUUGAGGAGCAAACGGAGACAGCUGGAACAACGACUAGAAGUCUUUAUGGAGGAAGGGAGAAGUACCGGGCGCACUUGAACAAUUCCGCUAGUGAUAUCUAUCCCUUAACGCAGAUCACUGUCGGUAAGGGGGGGAGGGAAACAGCGGGCAUCAGGGUUGACCGGGAGAUUGAUAUGGAUGUUGUAGAAUGUUAG